UUCACGAAAUAUCUCGCGAGAUUUACCGUCUUUUACGUCGAUACAACGUGGAUGCCCACCACGGCUUUAUUCGAAAUUCAGGUUGGCACUGGAAAUGGCAGAGAAUGGGUGUCAAAUCAUCCCAGAAGAAGCCCCUAACCAUCAGCAUCUGCCUAAAAAGGAGCCGGAUGGAGCAGAUGGACCCGGUUCCUGUGGCCUAUCAGAGUCUCAGAGGGAGGUUCUGGACCGCUGUCUUCAUGCUCUGACUCAUGCCAAAAAUGACAGCCAUGUUUUAGCAGCAUUGCUUCUGAUCACAAGGCUGUGCCCUGCAGGCCAACUAGACAAUGAGAGUCUGCAUCGCAUUUUUGAGGCAGUGGGUUUGAAUCUGCCGGCACGCCUUCUGGUGACGGCAUUUAGGGGCAGCGAUAGUUCUGGUUUGCCCCCGAAUGAAUUGAUCUCCCUGGGUACCGCUCUGCUUGCCGCCCUCAGUACAGAUGCAAACCUGGCUUCUCAUCCACAACUCCUCGGCACAGUCCCUUUGAUUCUGAGCAUACUGGAGAAUGGACCCACCUGGACCUCUGAGAAAAGCUCUGGUUCUCAGACUAUGAAUACAGAUUAUGAAAGUGGACAUAUAAACACCACAGAUUCAGGCCAAAAAGCAAGCCCAGAUCCUUCAGGGUUGAGCAAAGGAGAUGAGCCAACUCAAACCAGUGUUUCUAUGCUGGAAGAAGCUUUAGCAUAUGACUGCUACCAAGUUCUCAACGCUGUGUGUGCUUUACCACAAGGUCCAGAGCAACUUUUUUCCCGCGGUGCUGUUCAAGCUCUGUGCAGAGCUGUGCUGAAGAAACAGACUUUAAGCUGUGACAAAGGACUCCCGUUGCUCGGUCACCUCCUGUCGUCCAGCAUAAGACCACAGGCUUGGACCAAGUAUUCAUCUGAUCUUCUUGAACUCUUGCGUACUGUCUCCCAGAACUUUUGCAUGGGCACAGAUGAAGACAGAUUAGAGAUGUGUUCUCAAAUACCACAGUUUCUUCCUCCGCCUGGGGAUAAACCUGUAAACCAGGAACUUAAAGAAAUUGUGCGUAAUCUAUGGGUUUCCCUACGGCAUUUGGUUCAGGGCAAACUUACCAAAGAUCAUUUAGGCCUUGUUUUUGUAUUAUCUGCUUGCUUGUUGGAUCUGUAUGGCUGGGAGUGCGUGGGACCUCCUAAAAUCUGUUGCCUGCUGGUGAACCGAGCGUGCGUGGAAGUAAGGAUGGGUCUAGAAGAGCCGCCAGGUGCAGAAAUAUCCCCCCAGCAGCAGCACACGCUCACCGCCUGCUAUCGUAUCAUGGAGGCUGCUAUGGAGCAGGCGUGCAGCCAGGGGGCGGUCUCAAAUCCUGCCCAGGUACAGACUGCCAUCACUGGGUUGAGCCUUCAGCAGAGCAGGCAGGUUUUGGGUGCUUUGGAGGAGGCCUUCUCAGCUGUAAUUUAUUAUCUGAAACAGGUGGACCAGGCCCACUAUGAUGAUCCAUUUAUGUUUGCCACUUUCCGCUCGCUCUGUGCUUGGCUUGCUGAAGAAACGUCAUGCUUGAAAGAUGAUGUCAUUGCCCUUCUGCCUUGUCUUAUUGGUUAUGCCAAAAGUCACUAUAAGGGAGGGAGAAAAGAAAAGGGGCUCAGUGAUUGGAUGUCAAAAAUGUCCAUAAACAACAAUUCACAAGAUGGAACAUGGUCGAGAGAAGCAGCUCUUCGAUAUCUUCUCCCAGCAUUGUGUCAUCUCUCUGCUGAAGAUGAACCGAGACGGGUUCUUCUCUCCCUGGAUGCUCCAGCCUUGCUAGUGGAUUUUCUGAGCAAGGGCUGGGGGACUUUGAGAGGUCAAAGUGGAAAAACAGUAAGCAGAGAUCCUGGUCUGGAAACUGCAUGCUCUGCUUUACUCAAUUUUGCUAUCACAGAACCAGAACGAGUCAGGAGUGAUCCUUGUUUUGUCGCUCUGGAGAUGAUGCUGAGUGAGGCACUGCCUAUUCUUCUCCAUAAGCCCCGCCUCUUGGUCCUAGCAGCUAACUGUUGCACUUUGGGUCUCAUGAUUGGCAGACUGAAACCAGCAUCCACUGAGCCCGUAGAACCCAGCCAGCGGCGUUUCUUCUCCGCCGUUCUGUCAUUUCUUCUGAGUGCUAUCCAGUCCGGAUCAAACACGGCACAGUUCAGCUCUCUCUGGUUGGAAAACUGGGAGGAGGCUGGAGAGCUCUGGAGGCUCAGUCUGCAGGCCCUGGGUGGUUGUGUUAUGGCAAAGCCUUGGAUAACCGGCCUAAUCAGAGAUGAAGGAUGGCUUCAAAACAUCUUCACCCUGCUAGAAUCCAGUGGAAAACUCCCAGACCAACUUUCUCAAGACGCUCUAGAGGAGGUUCUGUGUGCCAUUUCUAAACAAUGUCCAUUGUGUCUUAAAGAAAUUAGUUUAUUAGUGAAGGGUCCGAGCUGCGGGUCUCUUCGGUCUAUGCCAAAACUUAGCAAAAUAUUGGCGGUGUAGCAUCUGUAUGAUACUUAUUUAAAAGGACAGAUAAAGCACUUACUGUGUUGUCUGUGUAUCAUAUCAAACACGCAAAAAUAUUUGUAAAACAUGCACUCUGUGGCCAAGGUUUAAAUCGGAAUAGGAAAUAAAAUAUUUUUGCUUACAAUGUGGUUUAUUUGUAUUUUAUUUACUAUUUUUGCCACAAGUGUUCCUGGUUCGAUUUCCAAAGUAAUAAUAAUAAAUAAUGCAUCUGAUUUAAAUGAUUUAAAAUCAGAGAGUAGUCUCAUUGAAUACAUGUAAAUAAAAAAUGUAUGUUCUUAUUUGCAUCGGCCUGUCUUGUGUUAGAAUGUCCACUAGGUGGAGCCCUUAUAACAAAUUGAUUAUUCAAAGCAGGCAUAUAGGCUACAGGGCUCCAGACUAACUUUUUUCACUAGGAGCACAGUGCCCCCCACUGAAAAUUUUAGGGGCGCAACCAGAAAAUUUAGGGGCACAUACCGUAAAAAAACAUGCUAACCAAAUAUUCACAUUUCUACUAAGUAAAACACUGUAUUACUAAUAAAUACUUUGAUGAUAGAAAAUUUGCUGUUUUAAAUUCAGUGUCACAUCACAAAAAAAGGUCAAAUUUACUGGUCGCACAUGUGCGACUGGAUGUAAAAUUCAGUGGCACACUCUCAAAUUUUGGUGGCAAAAUGCCACCAUUUGGUGGCAGUCUGGAGCCCUGGGCUACUAUAAAAGAAAACCAUGUUUAUUAUAGGCUUUAUAAUAGGGGUCUCUUAGUUAAUAUUGCUUGUGUCCUAUAGUAGUUAUAGGUCUGGUUUAACAGACAAGGCAUUAGGCAUAACUAAAGCCAGGACCAGGCCUUGUUUAAGCAUCUUCUUUUAUAAAAAAUGCCUUAGAAAAAGACGUUACUGGUGUGUUUCUUGAAAUCAAUUGCACUGGCAUAGUUUAAGAUCUGUCAGUGCAAGUCAUUUUCAGUUGAGACAGCUCCAACACAUUUCUUAGGACUAGCUUUAACCUGGGGAUAGUGCUCAAAACCUACAUUGUCAACAAUCUGUCAUGUCUUUUAGUAAAGAUUAAGCAAACUUUUGAUUAAAUGUGUUUUAUUAAAUUGUAUUUUCACAUUAACGCUUUUCAAUAAAGAAGAUUUCAUAA